UAUGCUCGAGCUCCUCAGUUAAUGCAGCGCCGUAUAGUCGCUCGAUCUGUUCUUCGCUCGCCCUCCUCCGGCUGACCUGACCCUGGGAGAAAGAGAAAGAGAGAAAAGCAGGAGAGAGAGAGAGCGAUGGCGAUGGCGAGGACGAGGCGGAGGAGGAGGGGCUUCCGUCAAAUCGAUGCUAGGCAGGAGCUGCAUUGUACAGCCGCGAUCGGCCGCGCAGCAAGGGUUUUGAAUUCGAAAUCGCCGGGGCUCUAGAUCCUGGGAUUUAGCCCAGCUGCGGCGAUGGAUUCUCGUCGUCGUCGUCGGUGUUCUUGACGAGGGGAGGCGCUGGAUUUCCAUCCAAUGUGGGCAUACUUCUUGUGCAUUCUUGUGCUGGGUUACAACAACCUUGUCCAAGCCAGGCCAAGCACCGGCUGCCCCUACAUGUUCAAUCACGGCCAAGGCAUCACCAACCUAUGCGAUGGCAGUGUCACGUCGGGAUCUUCCGUCCAGACGAUGCUUUGCUGCGAGGAAGUGUAUGGAGCUGCCGUCUAUGCCAUCGCGCAGUACACCAAUUCCACUGGAGCAAUGUUCCUCGAGUCGUCACAGGCGGAGGUUUGCAUCGACCUCUACAAGCAGGAUCUUAUCCAGCUCAAGCGCAUCUCUCCAGCCUUCUUCGACAGCUUCUGCCCGCUGCCAGCGUCCAGGAUCACGAGCUAUGCCUCGCCCUGUAACUUUGGCCAGAUGGAGGAGCUCAUGCAAGCGGUGGACUUGGAGAACGUCUCGGAUGCGUGCGGCCAGCGAGGGAAUAGAGGCUGCCAAGAGUGCCAGGCCCAGCUCCUCCAGGCCACCGUCAGCCUGGCGUCUCGAAAGGCUGAUCAACCGGGAGCCUGCGGCACAGCCAUCGCCAUUGCGCUCACCAGCUUCAAUCCGAACCAGGUCUACUUUGAGAACUUCUACACUUGCGUCUUGCAAAUUCUGGGAGGAGUUCCUAUAUCUCAGUACCUCAAUAUCACAACAGCGCCUAGCACUGUAGCACCGGGCCAGACUUUACAAGCGAGAUCCUCGUCUCUGUCGUCGAGAUUGGUGAUCAUUCUCAUGGGAGCAAUCGGAGGUCUGGUGCUAUGCGCUUUCAUCGUUCUCUCGUGCUUGUACGUGAUAAGGCGGCGGAACAAGUCUGGCUACGACUUUACGAAUCCGCUACCUGAGAAUGGUGGGAAGGACUUGCGUGCAUUCGACACAAGCGAGAUCGCGGUGCUCCCAACCGAAGGCUUCUACAUAUUCACACUCAAAGAGCUUGCCAAGGCAACCAACCAUUUCAGCAACGCAUCGCUGCUGGGCGAGGGGAGCGCUGGCAAAGUCUACAUAGGCCAGCUCCCUAGUGGCAAGCUCGUUGCAGUGAAGCGAAUACUAAAGGAGAGAAAGGUGGAGACAUUCUACAAGGAAGUGGAGCUGCUGGCACGCAUCCGGCAUCCCAAUCUCACAGCUCUACUCGGCUACUGCCGCUCCAAGCACGUCUGCCUGCUGGUUUACGAGUACAUGAGCAACGGCGACCUGGCACAAAAGCUUCUCAGAAAGGAUGGCCCCGCAUUGACAUGGGACCAGAGAAUCCAGAUCGCCAUAGACUGCGCAAGAGGACUUACAUAUUUGCACGAGUGCCCCGAAGGCCCAGUUGUCCAUCGGGAUAUCAAGCCGACCAACAUUUUACUCAACGGACUGUUAGAGGCCAAGCUCUCCGACUUUGGUCUCUCCAAGAUCAUCGAGCUUGAUGCCUCUCACGUCUCCACAGAGAUCAAAGGCACGACAGGCUAUCUCGACCCCGAGUACCUCAUACUCGGUCAGCUCACCGAAGCCAGCGACGUCUACAGCUUUGGGAUCGUUUUGCUGCAGCUGAUGAGCGGCAGGAAAGCCAUCGACAACGACACAAGAGUGAACCGUUCCAUUGUCGAAAUGGCCAUGGCCGUCAUCGGAGAGAAGCAGGGGCUGUCGCAGCUCUUGGAUCCAAGACUGGAUUGUGAUGUUCCGCUGCCGGCAUUCCAGAAGCUGGCGGAGGUAGCUCACCUGUGCGUCCAGCCCCGCAGUUAUGACCGCCCGUCCAUCUCAGAGGUUUUGCACGAUCUGGAGCUGGCUUUGAGGCUGGGAAAAGCUUCAACUCCCCGGAACCAAUGACACCGUAGUAUACGUAGCGAUAGUAGCAGCACCCCCACGCCAGAUCAACUCGCAAGAGACGGAUUGGAUUGAUCCGGAGAAGAAGGUGUUGCACACUCUCUUGUCUGCCACUAUAGAGAAGACACAGAUAACUUCACCUUU